AUGGAGCUUCAGGAUCGAAUCGGUGUCCUGUCUGAUGUUCUCAAAUAUUUUUGGAAAUACGACGUGAACGUCUGUCGCAUUGAAUCUCGUCCGCUUCAUGUGGGACGCUUGAGCAAACGACGGUUUGACUUUUUUGUCGAUUUUGAAGGGAGUCCGUCCGAUGCGAACGUCACCAAGCUGCUCGAUGCAUUACACUCCAUGACAGACAAGCUGCUUAUUUUGGAUGAGAAACAAGUGCAUUGGUUUCCUCGUCAUAUCUCGGAACUCGACUUGAUCGCAGAUCGUACUCUUAUAGCUGGGACUGAUUUAGAAAGUGAUCACCCUGGCUUUCACGAUCUGGAAUACCGAAUUCGUCGUGAGAAACUGACGGAAAGCGCUAGAAAUCAUCGAUGGGACCAGCCUAUUCCUCGAAUUGAAUACUCUCCCGAAGAAACCUCCGUUUGGACAACCGUUUGGGACCGCAUGGAAACAUUGUGGGAAUAUCACGCUUGUCAGGAAUAUCUCACAGCAUUGGACCACAUGAAAACGCACUGUGGCUACGGCCGGGAAACAAUUCCGCAACAGCAAGACAUUAGCGACUAUUUAAUGCAGCAAACAAACUUUCGCAUGCGACCGGUGGCCGGCCUCCUGUCCUCGCGUGACUUUUUGAAUGGCCUCGCCUUUCGUGUCUUUUUUUCCACACAGUACAUUCGGCACCACAGCAAGCCACUGUACACUCCUGAACCCGAUAUUUGCCACGAACUGCUGGGCCACGCUCCCAUGUUUGCCGAUAGAGAUUUUGCAGAUUUUUCGCAAGAGAUCGGGCUUGCCAGUCUAGGGGCCUCUGACGAAGAUAUUCUGAAAUUGGCCCAUUGUUAUUGGCAUUCCGUUGAAUUCGGUCUCUGCGAGGAGAAUGGCUCGCCCAAAGCGUACGGUGCCGGCCUUUUGUCCUCGUUCGGAGAGCUUGAAUACGCCUGCAGUCCCUCACAUCCGGGAGGAGAUCGGGCUCCUCAAAUCCUUUCCUGGGAUCCGGAGAUCGCCUCGCGUCAAGAGUUCCCCAUCACGUCCUACCAACCCGUGUACUUUUUGGCAGAAUCAUUACAGGAUGCCAAGCAGAAAAUGAGACGGUAUUGUGAAGAUUUGCCACGUCCUUUUUUUGCCCUUUAUAACUCUCAAAACCAUACGGUUCAUAUU